GCUUAUUGCCAAGCUCCCCUGCUCCCGACGUAUGUGUGAAUCGUGUAGCCUUCGCCGUCGCGCGAUGAGAGUGCAGCCACGAGCAUAGGCUGCGUGCUUGCCAUCCGACUAAGAUAUAGGCGUGCGCCGUCCUCGGCGCCUCCGGCCAUGUCGACGGUGAAGGACGCGCUCCAGCGCCUCAUCGACGGCCUCCGCUCGCUGCCACCACGUCGUCGGACCGGGCGCCGCGCGAGCGCCGGCACCAGCAGCUCCAAGGGGCCCCGGGUCGUCGUCAUCCGCCGGCCCGCCUCGGGGAGCCCAGACCGCGCCGCGGCGCAGCAACAACAAGCGGCGUCCUCGGCACCGGUCACCAUCCGCGUGGCCACCUUCAACGCCGCCAUGUUCUCCAUGGCGCCGGCAGUCCCGCCGGCAGCGGAUGACGACGACGAGGAGGAGCACCGGCGAGGCACUGCCGCCCCCGGUGCGUGGCGGCGGCGGCGGCAGCAGCAGCCGAGGAAGGGGAUCCUGAAGGCGCAGGGCCCGCCGUCCCCGGCGAAGCAGCUGCGCGUGUCCAUCAACCUCCAGGACGACGAGAUCGCGGAGUCGGAGAGGGGCAGGAUGAACGCCGCCGGGGGAGCCAGCAGCAGCAACGGCGGCGGCGCCUGGAAGGGGAAGGCGGUGGCGGCGGGGGACGCGACGUCGAGCGCGAGGGUGCCGGAGUGGAGGAGGUCGUUGUCGCGGAGGACGAGGAGCGUGGCGGAGGUGCUGCGGGAGGUGGGCGCCGACAUCGUCGGGCUGCAGAACGUGCGCGCCGAGCAGGGGCGCAGGAUGCGGCCGCUGUCGGACCUCGCCGAGGGGCUCGGCAUGCGCUACGUCUUCGCGGAGAGCUGGGCGCCCGAGUACGGCAACGCCGUGCUCUCCCGCUGGCCUAUCAAGCGGUGGAAGGCGCACCGCGUCGCUGACCAGUCCGACUUCCGGAACGUACUGAGGGUCACUGUGGAUGUGCCGGGAGCAGGGGAGGUGAACUUCCACUGCACCCAUCUGGACCACCUCGACGAGGGCUUGAGGAUGAAGCAGGUCAACUCCAUCCUGCGAUCGGCCGAUGGCCACCACAUCCUCGCCGGCGGCCUGAAUGCGCUCGACCCCACGGACUACUCCGCCGACCGCUGGGCCGACAUUGUUAAGUUCUACGAGGAGAUCGGCAAGCCGACGCCCAAGACGGAGGUGAUGAGGUACCUGAAGGCGAAGCGCUACGUCGACGCCAAGGACUUCGCCGGAGAGUGUGAGGCCGUGGUGGUGGUGGCCAAAGGCCAAGACGUGCAGGGGACGUGCAAGUACGGCACGAGGGUCGACUACAUCCUGGCGUCGCCCAACUCUCCCUACAAGUUCGUCCCCGGGUCGUACGCCGUCGUCUCCUCGAAAGGGACGUCCGAUCACCACAUCGUCAAGGCAGACGUAACUGUCGCCGCCGGCGGUGGCGGUGCGCGCAGCUUCCGGAGGCAGAGGGUGGUCAGGAUGAGCAAGGGAUCGACGAAGGGGAUAUGGGCGGCUAGAUAGCCCUGGUUUCUUGGUGAUUUCUGUCGGUGGACUUCUUGUAGUAUAAUUUUGUGCGGCGCAAAGUUGACGACAUUUCUCUAGAAAAGGAUAGGGAGCUCAAUGCGAAAGUUUUUGCGGCUCAACAAUGGGCACCACUUGCAGCCGAGGAUACAGGAUAAGAGUGGAUGUGGCUGAGACAAAGGUGGUCGGACGCAGGCUAGAUGAGGUUGGGUGCCCCGUGCCCAUCAAAGCUUUCUAAUUAUUUGCUCUUUCUCCUUU